UAAGGCCUUCCGCGGGUCUAGGAGGGGGGCGAAAAAUCGUCCAAAUCAUGAAAAUAUCGAUAUUGGAGCUAUUAUCAUUUCUGACAGGAAAAUAAUCCCUCUAACGAUUCCACUAGGUCUUAAAUUGGAAAAAUGGCUAGAAAGUGCCAAAAAAAUGCUUUUGAGGAGGUGGGGGUCUGACCAAAGUUGCUUCAAAAAAUGCAAAACGGGUUGAAAACCUCCAUAGCAACUGGCUUUUCCACGCUUCCAAACCCCACAAUCCGCAUAUCGACACAAUCGGCAUUUCAAGGCCCGAUCGAAUGUUUUAUCGAUACUAGGCUACGAAUUACCCAGCCCGAGUAAUAAGCUCCCGAAAUGAACAUGUAUUCUUUAUUUUCAUUGGCUGGUUUGGGGGCGUCGGCUAAAUGCGCAUCGGUGAUUGGUCGAGGCGUCGGUAAUCGUAGCAACUUCAAUCCCAUAACACCCCGCGAGGACGCGAGGCGGCGAAUUUGAUCGGCCAUUUUUGUCUGUACUGGAGAUGCUCAUUCAACUGCGGUCAGCAAAACAACGUUCUCAAAGCUAUUUUUUUAUAUCAAGACGUGACAACAUCUUUUCAGGUGAGUAAAUAUAUGAGUCUAUCCAUACAUUAUAUGAUUUAUUGAUCAAUUCUUGAAUUUUGUUGAGAAUUUCUUCCCACAAGUUGAUGAUUAUCGACAACAAAGAUAAUCAGAGAAUGGCUUUUGUUUACAUGUGGUCUUUGCUCUACCUCGCGGAAUAUCGAAGUCCUAAUGUCAAAAUACCACUUCUGAUAAUGAUAUAUGCCAAUGUAGAUCUUAAUUUUAUCUGUCUAAUACCUAGUUUCCCCAUUUGUGUUUCUCCUAUUGCCUCAGUUUGUCCACUUCUUGUCUUGUCUCCCAGACUCGAUCUUCUCUCUGCCUUUCAAUUCAACAAUUGUGAGUUGAGCACUUCAUGUGAGUGUGUUAUCGUAUUUAUGCAUUGUUGAGUCUUGUGUGCGCUUUGCACGUAGACUAGAUUAGAUCUAGAUCUAGAAUUCCAAUUAGAGAUUAUACUGUGGGCUUUAUUAUUUCUCCAUGAAAUAAGGUGAUGUUUGUGCUGUAGUUCGGAAGAGUGGAAAUUACUAUAGUAUAAAAAUUUAGUGGUGGGCAGGUUAGAUUCUCCAUCCAUAGUAGAUCUAGAUCUAGAAUCUAAAUUCAGAGUGAUUUCUUACUGAGAGACCACCCAAGCAUUGUGAUGUUAGGUAUUGUAUGCAAUGACUAUCUUGGAAUAUGUAUCAAGAUAGGGAAUUGGCAUAAAGCGUUGCGGGAAGAAUUCCAUAACGAGCUACCACUAUGAAACAGUGUAGAAGUGAUGGUUAGGGGUUGGGGUACGGGUAGGGUUAGGGGUUGGGUAAGGGUUAGGUCUCUCCUGUAUUGUAUUUGUUGGGGUAGUCGCGCGUUAUGGAAGUUGCUGAGCAACUGUAUGUUGAUUUUGAUAUUAUUAUACUUACGAAGAUGUAUUUUCUAUUUCCUUCUCAGCCCAUUGUCCGCUAUGCCUGCCACAAAGUCUCAUUCAAGAAGUGAGAGCAAACGUGGUCGAACUUCUAAAAGCCGAAAGGAGGCUUUGAAAAAGGCACGAGCAGCAAGACAGAUUGAGAAAGUUCAAGAUGAGUCGAGUGCUGAGUUUCAAGUUGCGCCACCAGCUGUGUCAACAUCUGGGUCUCCGCCACCUUCGUCUUCGUCUUCGUCCUCAUCAGUACCUGAAGCAGCCCCGUCUCUUCCUGUACCAAGCACUCCACUCUCUGCGUCAUCACGCAAGCUGGCCUAUAACGCUGAAAGACACAGUGCUUCUUCUGAGUUUCUGGGCUCCACUGUUGUUGAGCUGGCAACGCUGAGACCCUUGUUUGAGAAUUUACUCUGCCCCCAGUGCACGACAGCUUCGUUGAAACUGACCUGUGAUUCGAAGAAGACAUCCGGACUAGCAGUAUUCCUGGAGAUUUACUGCACAACCUGUGAGCAAGCCGUCGCUAUGAACUACACCUCCGGUAAGACUGACAAAGUGUUCACUGUGAAUCGCCGUGUCAUUGUGUCCUCGUUGGUGAAUGGAAGUGGUUAUGCUGGCCUGGCAAAGUUUUGUGAAGCCAUGGAUAUGCCUACUGUCCACCACAAGACUUACCUAAAUCACCAGAAGAAAAUUCAUCAGCAGUCAGUGGCCAGCUCAGAUAAAAUUCUUUUGGAUACUCGUGAUGCUAUCGCUAGAGCAUAUCCGGAGCAGGAAGGAAAUGGUGUCCUGGACAUUGACGUUUCCUAUGAUGGCAGUUGGCACACUCGGGGACACACUUCGAAUUCAGGAGUCGGCUGCGUCAUAGAAAACCGAACUGGCCUCGUCGUUGAUUUUCAAGUGUUGAGCAAACACUGCCACAAGUGUAAGGCGGUCGGGGCACACCUGGAAGGGGAGGCGUAUGAGCGAUUUUGGGCUGCUCACAAGGAUGAGUGUGACCGCAAUCACACUGGCUCGUCCGGCAGUAUGGAGCAGAAAGCGGCUGUCAUGUUGUGGCAGAGGUCAGAAGAGAGGGGCUUCCGUUACCGGAGUGUGGUCUGCGAUGGAGAUACCAACACGAUCAAGCAGAUCAAUGAAGUCAAGCCAUAUGCCGACGUCACAGUUGAAAAGAAAGAGUGCGUGAACCACGUCGCCAAGCGCCUUGGAACGGCUCUUCGAAAGCUUGUAGAGGACAAGAAAAAGGUGAAGGUUACCCUUGGGGGGCAUGGAAAGGGCAAGCUGACUCAGGCCAAGAUUGGGAAGCUCCAGAAGUAUUACAUCAGAGCUGUUCGUUCACACAGCACUGUGGCUGAGAUGAAGACGGCAAUCUGGGCUUCAUUUUACCAUUGCUCAUCGACAAACACCAAGCCACGUCACGACGAUUGCCCUAAAGGUACACAAUCCUGGUGUUUUUUCCAGAAGGCAAGGGCCAAGGGGUUGCCGCACCCUGACCAUGACAAGCACAUGUCGACGUUUAUUAGUGAGUUUGUUGCGGAGCACAUGAUUCCUGUCUACACCCGCCUGACUGAUGACGAGCUGUUGUCCAGAUGCACAGGUGGAAAUACUCAGAACGCCAAUGAAAGUGUUCACUCUGUCAUCUGGGCGCGGUGUCCCAAGCAUGUUUUCGUUGGCCGACAGAGGUUGGAAAUUGCAGUGGGACUUGGAGUGGGUGAGUUCAACCAAGGCGCUCGGGCAACACACUACUUUCUCCAAGAACUUGGACUCACCAUUGGCGUCAAUACCAGAAAGUGUGGUGGCCAGAGAGACUCUAUUCGGAAACGGAAGGCAGAAAAGGCUAACGAAAGUGUUGCGAAGAGAAGGAGGGACAUCAGGAGAACAGCGCAACUUCGGGAGGAACAGCGGCUUAUUGAAGCAGAAGGUGGAGAGCAGUACUCUGCUGGCGGUUUCUAAAUUGGAUUAUGUUUUCAACAGUGAGUACCAAAAUGCAUGUAGUGUGAAGUCAUUUUAUGUUGCUUGUUGUUGUUUUUUUUGUUAAUCUAACAGUGAAUGGAUGUACUCUACUAAUUUGCAUGAUUGGAGUAUCAAAUUUUCCUGUGAUGUUCAAUUUUUUGCAUUUUUGUACUUUUUCCUCGUUUUCUCAGCUCGUGCUUUUUCUUGGGGGGUGGGUUUACAAAGAAGGCCAUUUCACAGAAACCAGUUGUCAGAUUGUCUUGCAAUUUGGCACACACUUUCACAAGUGCCAUGGCUAUGCUCUGAUAACAGGAUUUGAUAGUUACUUAAUUUUUGUAUGAGUUACAUUGCUGUUUUUGGGGGGAAAAAUUUGAAAAAGGUGUGAAUGCUGAAACGACUAGCAGAGCACUUACUUCGACCACCACUGUCAGAAAAAUAAUGAAUCUACAGUAAAACCCUGUUAUACAUACAUGCCACAGGGUAUUAUCCAUGCACACAUGCAGUUUUGUGAAGUUUCAACAAAGGAUAGUGGAGAUAUUAUCUUCUUUGUUAUGUAAUGAUUUUGAUACCCGAGACCCCUAAAUGAUCCAGUAAAGAGUCAAAAAGAAAACAACUGUGGUAAAACUGUACCAAAAUGUCAAAAUUAACCCCUUGUUAACCUUCUAUGAUGCCUCAAAUCCUUUAAAUGCAGGUAAUUAAUCAAAUCACUCUCAAUGUAGCUUCCC